AUGUUGACUUCCCCUUCUCCUCCACCUCCUCCACCUUCUCCUCCUCGCCGUCCUCCUCAAUGGAAAUACGAUGUGUUCGUGAGUUUCCGAGGCAAGGAUCUGAGGAGAAACUUCAUAUCGCACCUCUUCUCCGCUUUGAAGCAGGCCUCGAUCAAGUACUUCAGUGACAACGCGAGAGAAGAUAUUGGAGAAGAAAUCAGAUCCAAGCUUUUCAAAGCGAUUUGGCAUGCGAGGAUUGCCCUAAUCGUGUUCUCCAGGAACUACACCGACUCGAAGUGGUGCAUGAACGAGCUGGUCGAGAUUCUGGACUGCAGGAAGAGUCUGGAAAUCAUGGCCACUUGGUUGUUCCCAUCUUCCAUGAGGUAA